AUGGUUGAAAUGGGGAACAGAGUGUACGACCCUAUUCACGAUGUGUUCCAGACACAGCCCAGCGAGGGCCACGACAAAGAGGGUGCCGGUGCUGGUCGCACUGGCAGCAUGCUCAGCAAGCUGAAAGCAGAAGGAGAACUCGUCCCAUCGCUCAUCAGCUCAAAACAUAAACUCAAGGAAUCUAGCAAGUACAACAGGCACCUGAAGAAACCCGAUGGUGCAUACUUCAACCGGUCAGACGUGCAGUUCCGGUUCUUGUACCUGCUGCUCUCCGACAAGAGGCUGCUAUUCACUAACAUAUACAAAUCGUUCUUCCGCAGCACCGUUGUGCCCAUUCAGACGGAUGAACCCAAGGUGGUGAACGUCACUGACGAAGGGUUCGACGCAAGGUGUUUCAUCUUCAACGACACGCUGACCUUCUCCCAGGCGUACAUCCUAGCGUUGGCCACGUCGUCCAAGUGCUCGAAGAUCCUCAAGGACAAGCUGCUCAGGGACAAAGAGGUUGCGUUCUCGUCGUGCGCCCUGGGGAUCCUUGUGAACGUCGGGAGGAUGAACACCACCAUCAACUUCUUCCACGAGAUGACGUCCCAACUGCGCACGUUCCAUUCUGUGCCAUGUCUUCAGAUGAACAACACGGACCCCAAGGCCCUGCAGGACACCCCCCGGUUGAAGUCGAUCCUGAAGAGCGCCGCUGUCGGCAACGAUCCAAUCGAUCUGAUGAAGGUGUACGACCACGAGGAGCAGAUACAAGGCAAGAGCAACCUGAUAAACCUGAUCUUUGCGCUUUGCGACAACGUCUCCUUGCUGAACAUCAUCCUGUUGAAGAAGUACGUCGACGUGGACCCGGGGUUCUCGUCGCUGUACAGUCUGCUGGACUCUUCCAAAUACGACCCUGUCGACAGGUGCAACGUGCUGCUGUGGCUCCUCUACAUCCACUCCGAGACCGACAUGACGGAUGUCAGCGUGCGGGAGUCGUUGACGCUGUUCAGAGGUGCGUUUCCGGAAGAGGAGAAGCUGAUGCUGAGGUUGUCGGAGGAGGACUACGACGUGGACACGCCCGAGGAGGUGGAAUACGGGCUGCAGCAGAUGCAGAAGAGGAAAGAGUUCCUGAAGAGCCACAAAUCUGGGGCCGAGCCCAAGGACGGUGAAGGCAACAAGGAGAACAGCGAAGGUUCAGAGAAGGCCACGACCUCGCCGCCAAGCAGUCCCUCGCGACAGCCAAGUGUCACCGCUGCAACCGUCAAGAAACAAGACCCCGAGAGCAACGGCCCAGCGAAGAAGAGGCCCAGAGUGAAGAAAGAGGCGUCGGCGGAACCUGCCGCCAAGUUGAAAUCACCUUCGAAGGACAAAGAGGUGGUCCAGCGACGCAAUCUCGCCAGAUCGUGGAUCGAGGCCGACAACGCCAAGAUGAUCACGAAGGGACUGGACGUGGCCAAAGAGAUAAGCCAGCACCAGUUCCUCAAGGACCUGGCGGGAGCGCAAGAGUAUGCCCGGCUGAAGCGGAAGGAAGUCGGGCUGAUGAAGGCGUUCAGCGAGUUCGAGGACAUCUCGCUGGCCAACCUGCUGGGCGUGCGUGGCAGGAAGCGCAAGAAGUUCAAGGACAACCUGCUGGGCUUCGAGACAGACUACAUAAAAUACUUUGGGCUGCUGAAGAAGAAGAUCCUCGCCAACGAGCGGCUGGACGCAACGGCAGCUGCCGUUGCGUCUGCCUCUCCAGACUCCGACGACGAGCCCGGCAGCCCGGUGUUCAAACUCAGAUAG